UGUCAAUGUUAUUGUCAAUAAAAUACUGUGUUAGUACAUAAGACUGGAAUGUGCAAUUUUUUGGCGAAAUCAAGUUUUAAUUAAGUUUUCCUAAAAAUGGGAAUAUUCACAUCCUGCUGUAGACCCUCAGCAACGGACUUAUUGACUCCAGAUGCAGAGACUAGGCGCAGGCAGCAGAUGGAAGCGGCUGAGAAACGCCGCGCCGAGGAGGCAGCCCGUGGGGUCAAGGAUCCAGAGAAGGUGAGACGCAUGCAGCUUCGCGCUGAAGAGAUGGAGAAGAGAGAGCAGGAGCUCCGUAAGGAGGGGGGAGCGAAUUUAAAGUGGACGGCCGACUGAGAAAAGGAGCAAGGUGGAAGCAGCGAUGCUUCCACCAACAAAUACAAGUACAAGAAUUGAUUUCUUAAAACACGCUCUAUUUUUUUUUUACGUUGCUCUGCAUCAUACAUAACUAGGUCUUUAAUUUUUGUCUGAAGUGCGCACUUUUUAUCCUCAAAGCAGAUCUUCUUUUAUAGUAGUCUCUUUGAUAUGCUAUUUAUAAUCUGUUUUAUUUAUAUUCUCGUUGUUUUAAUUCAUACUUGAUUUGUUUGGUGCGUAUUUAAAUUAGUUACGUUAUUUUAGUUAUAAUUGUGUAAAUGAGAAGGGAAGAAUAAUUUGAAAAUAGCAAAAAAUUUACGACACUUAAAAACCGUAUCGUUAUACUUACCUACAGUAAAUGUUGUAAUUAUUAUAUUGAAAUAAGAUAAUUAUAUUUUUGACACCAUAUUGUGCUGUUACAAUGUUAUGGCAACUGAUUAUGUUUGUUUGCAUCAUUCUGUCAAGAUCAAAUGACAGGUAUCAGAAACGUAUUAACACACGGUCGAACUUUAGUAGAGGGUUUAUUUAAAGCAGAGUUGCAGAACUAUCGAUAGUUUGACUAUCGAUAGUUGACCUCGAAAACUAAUCAGGAUAUCGAUAGUAUAGUUUGAUCAAUACUAUCGAUACUAUCGAUAGUACCGCUAGUUCUCU